UCUACGAGAAAGUAGAAGGCACGAAAAUUGGACCCCAGAUCAAAAGGGAACCGCCAAUCCGAGACCCGACUGCAGACGCGGGCUAAACUGGCAGAUCUCGAACCCAACACGAUAUACCGCCUCCACAUGAAAGCAAUGACGAUCGCUAGCGAGGGUAACGAUUAUUACAUUGAAAGGAGCACUCGCAAUGGCAAUCCACCCGAUCAGCCUCAAUUCACAUGGAACCAGGUUACAUUGGACAACGGUAUGCCGGCCAUCAAAGUCGUCUGGCAUACGAAAGUCGAUGGCCAACCGGGAUCUCACUUUUUUGUCCAGUUCAGACGCAAGGGCAAGACUAUCUACAUUAAAAGCGAAGAUGAGUUUGACGAAAAUUUCCUCAUUUUACGCGACCUGGAACCCAAUCAACUGUACGAAAUUGGCGCCGUCGUCGUUGAUUGCGAUUACUUUACCGAAAACGACCCCGAAGAAGUCGAGAUGUACGCCGAUGGACCUUAUAUCCAAGGAUCAUCCGCCGUCGCCUCUACCGUAUGGUUUAUCGGCAUGAUGCUGGCCCUUGCAUUGUUGCUCUUGGUCUUGGUCCUCGUCUGCAUCAUUAAGCGAAACAGAGAUGGAAAAUAUUUGUUUGAAGACAAUGUCCUUUUGGGCUCUCCUUUAAUCGUUGACGCCCCGUGGAUAAAUGACUAUUACUACAGCACGUAUCCUGGGUAUGCGAAAUACCGGGAUUACUUUUGUCAUCUCCACGCGCGUCUCCUUUGGUGGUUUGAGUCCAAUCAGGACAUUUACCACACCACUCCUCGCCGUUCGGACUUCUACCGGGAGAUCACCCAAGCUGAAGCACAAGCACGGGUAGAAGCUCGGCUCGUUUGGCUUGCUGUUUUGGACGCUGCGUUUGAGGAACACGACGACGACUUUUUAGAUUUAAACAAUAAUCGUGAAGAAUGA